AUGCAAACUACGCUGUCUGAGGGAAGACUGACGGCAAGCGGAGAGAAGACGGCGCUGAUGAAGCACGACUUUCCCGACCCAAGCCUCAUGCAGGACUCGGACGGGACGUGGUACUCGUUCGCGACGACCAGCGGCGGCAAGAAUAUACAGGCGGCGCGGGCGGAUGCGCCGGGCGGCCCGUGGACGUACGUGGACCAGGACAUGCUGCCGGACACGGGGGCGUGGACCACGGGGCGCAACUCGUGGGCGCCCGACGUGAGCCUGGUGGCGACGGGGCUGUACAUCAUGUACUACUCGGGCGAGCUGGGCAACAACAGCGCGCUGCACUGCGUCGGGACCGCCACGUCGUCGGCGCCGCUAGGGCCGUACACGGCGGCGCCGACGCCGCUGGCCUGCCCCGUCAGCCAGGGCGGCGCCAUCGACCCGGCCGGCUUCGUCGACGCGGCGACGGGCCGGCGCUACGUCGUGUACAAGGUCGACGGCAACGCGCUGGGCCACGGCGGGUCGUGCAACAACGGCGUCGAGCCGUACGUGGCGACGCCCAUCAUGCUGCAGGAGGUGUCCGCGGACGACGGCGUCACGGCCGCCGGCGACCCCGUGCGCAUUCUCGACCGGUCGACGACCCAGGACGGCCCGCUGGUCGAGGCGCCCAACCUCGCGCGCUCCAGCGAUGGCACCUAUGUGCUCUUCUAUAGUAACCACUGUUGGGACACACCUGGGUACAGUAUUAACUACGCCACCGCCUCGGCCGUCGCCGGCCCUUACACCAAGAGCGGCACGCCCUUGGUCGCCACGGGCGACUACAACUUGACGGCCCCAGGCGGCGCUACCAGCACCAUCGGCGAUGCGGCUGGCUCGCUGGUCUUCCACGCCAACUGCCCCCAGGGCCGCUGCCUGGGUUCUAUGGCAGUCGGUCACUCGACUGGCGUGUAUGGCACAGUGUGCGGUAAAUAA